GCGGACGCAGUCGCAGCGGUCGGUGCGCCGGCGGCUCCCGUGCAGUGGUGAGACGCUCUAUCGCCGCGGGGCGGCCAUGACCCCGGCUCUGACCCCGCCGCGUGCUGGCGGUCCGGUCACCACCCGCGCCUCAGUAUGACCGAGCAGGGGUUGGACGCGCAGACGACUCUAGAAUCUAGCGAUCCCUGCCAGCACUCUCCACCCUGUCCCCUGCACACCGACACCAUGAUACCAGCCCAGACUCACACCCCGUCGCCUUUGGAGCCCGGCCUACCGCCCGGAUCGCUGCCUCUCACCCCUGACGAGCUGGAGAGGCGUCAGUUCUACAACACCUACAACGCCUGGACCGGCAUCAACAUCGCCGCCUCCCUCGGCGGCUUCUUCAUGCUCCUCAUCCUGCUGCUGCUCUACAAGUCCAAGUGCAAGAGGCGCAGCAAGUACCCGCCCUGUCCCAGUGUGGAAGAUGGUGAUGUGAGUCUACUCGAGCCGUGGGAUGUCACCUUUCUGGGUGGCUCCGUGGCGGACGGUCUCAGUCUCGGCUCGGGCCGACAUCCGCACAGUUCAGACUCGACGCCAGCGGGCACGGUGCGGGGCAGUAGACACUCGCUGGCCGGGGGACGGGGUAGCCGCCAGUCGCUGGCCGGGGGAAGGGGCAGUCGGCAGUCAUUGGUCGGUAGUAGAAAGUGUGUAUGCUCGGCGCCCGGGUCGGUACAGCGCCUGCCGCGGCGGCCCCGGCUAUCCUCGGGCGGCUCGUCAGAGGCCGGUCACCAGCUCGAGCUGCGCGUGCACCAUCCGAAGCGGCGCGGGCCGCCGCGCUACGCCUACAGCUUCGACGAGAAGGCCGUGGUGCCGGAGAGCUGGUGGCAGCGGGUGGACAUCAACGUCAUCCAGCCGACUCCGAGCGUCACCCCGUCGGCGAGCCUGCACUGCCUGGCGAGCUCCGACCAGGAGGCGGACGGCGCGGCGCCGCCGCCGCCGCUCACCGUGCCGCGGCUCGACCUGCCCCGGCCGCGGCGCGGCUCCGCGGUCAGCUCCUCCGACCUCACCGACUUCGACGCGCGCAGCAUCGGCUCCGACUCGGUGUUCCUGGCCGACGACGACUGGUCAUCGUGCUCGGAGGCGGCCAGUCCGUCGCGCGGCCGGCGCCGCUGGCCGCUCUCGCGCCAGGCCAGUGUGUGUCUGGAGGACGACCUGAUCCCCGAGCUGGAGGAGGCGCCGCUGCCGCCGCCGCGCUCGCCGCCGCGCACCGAGCUGCUCUACGUGCCGGGCAUGGAGCCGGGCCUGCUGCGCGCCGCGCGGCCGGACGGCGGCGGCUCGCCGCGGCCCAGCUCGCCGCAGUUCCUCACCGUGCCCAGCGUGCACGGCGCGCCGCGAUCGCCGCCCGCGCGCCGCUCACCCAACUUCCUCUCACCGCCGUCACCGACGUACGGACCGGCCAGGUCCAUGAGCCCGCCGCCGCCGGCGACAACAGCCCUCCAUCUGCCAAAGUGUGUCGCUGUCGUCUUCGUCGUCGUCUUCGACGGCGUCACUGCACCCGGCGUCGGAGCCGGCAGCGCCACCUAG